GUCGUCACCAAACCGAAAGUCGACUCUAGGAUCCUUCGAAAAAUAUACUACAGUGUAGCGGCUACACGAUGACCGUGAACAUGUUAGAAAAUUCCAAUCUUAUAAAUGUGUGUGUAUAUACAUAUAUGUUUUUGCAUGUAAUUAGUUGCGAUUUAGGAAGAAAAAAAGUUCGGGAGAAAAUAAUCGAUAGAGGAAGAUUUUUUGAGCGAUUUCGUAAAAUCGUGUAAUUGUUCGUAAAGUGGCUUUCGUGGAAUCGAGUGGCUGAUUAUAAUUAUCGAUUAUUGGGAUUUUUGGGAUUUUUGAAUAUUCAUGGUUUUCCUAUUUGAUAUUGUAUUAUUUAGACUUUAUUUGAUUAUCUGUAAUUGAUUGAUCUCUUUACGUAAUUUGUUUUAAUCAUCGCUGAAAUGUCACAAACUCACGUGAUGUUGGUAUGUUCGAUAAAAUGAAUAAAAGGUAUCCUUGAUUGAUUAUUCAUCGAAAACUCGUAUAAACAAUAUUAAAAAAUUACCAAAUCGAUUAUCAACUAUACGCGAGAAAAGUUUCGGCUUAUAAACAAAACCGUAAGGAACAUUAAAGAAAAAAAUAAUCACAUUUAUAAAAAAAAAAAGACUAAGAUUAUUUAAUAGACGUCUGUUGUGUGAAGCUCGAAAAAAUGUUUUAAAAUGACACUUCCACGAAACAAUUUAUCAGCGAGCCCACAAUCAAACAUGCAAAUUGUCCUUCUAUAGAUGGAUACGAAACAAUUCGUGGACGACUAUUUUGCAUAUAUAUAUAUAUAUACGGUAUAUUCGUAAUAUAACAAACAUACCACUUUAAAUCGAUUCGUCGCGAAUAUUCUAGAUUCUAGAAGAUAAAUUCACUGAGAACAUUUUAUUCCAUUCCUGGAGGAGGCGAUAUGGCAAUAUAGCGUCUAAUAUGAACUGCUAUGCUUGUCUACGAUGAAAACAGAUGUUUAUCGCGUGUACCAGCAUUUCCAGAGAAGUUAUUAAUUCUGAAUGAAGUUGUUCAAAGAUGAUGCGAAAUUCGUUGCGCAAGACAGAUUGCGAUUGCGUAAUUCUCUACGUGAAUCUGUAUCUUCAUUGCAUCACAUAUGUAUGUAUGUAUUCGCUUGUACAUCGAGUGAAUCUGUGUGUUCGUUCGUUAGAUUGCUACGAGUUUCAGGCAUCUUCAACACAGUCAUCGCGAUGAUUGCGCUCGCUCGAAAAUAUCGUAGAAUGUGUGAAUCUCGUUUUAAAAACGAAAUAACUAGACAGCGAGUUUGGAAAAAAAUUGAUUAACGCAAUAGCAAAUACUAACGAACUCUCGAGGAUAAUUCAAUUUGUCGUGGAAAUUCUGAAAAAAUGAUAGACCGCCGCGCAGUAUCAUCCAGGGGCAUUGAAACAAUCGAAAUACCAAAUAUUAUAUAUAUUUUUUUUCUUUUUUAAUAAAUUUAGUAGUUCUAAAGUAGAAGCACCGGUAGGUUGAUAGCACGAUCUCGUGGAACAUUUAGAGCACGAAUUGAAUGCAGCCGUCAUGCAAAUUGCAAAACAAAAGAGAACUUCAUUUCGCCUCGAACAACGACUGAAAAAUCGAGUACGACGUUUAAAACGCCCGAAAUAAUAGAGGGUUGUUUUUUUUUCAUAGACAUCACGAUUCUUUUUUACACUCAGCUGUUGAAUAGAUUUAAAAAAUGAACGUAGUGCUUCAGACACACGGGGCGAAGCAUAUAUACAAAGUACCAGAAGGACUAAGGGAAUUGUGCACUGAUAUCUCGCGGGAAGUUCUUCGUUCCCAGCCAGCCAAUUUAAUCGCCUUUAUCGCCGAAUACGUGGAUACGCUUCUGAUCACACGCGAAAACACGAAAGUUGCGGUUAAAGUCGUAAACAACAUUUUACUUGAGAGCCAGGCCAUUCUGUGCAUACUUUACCGGACUGGUUUCACUUUGGAGCAGAUCGCAGUCGCGGCUCCGCGGAUCCAAGUGAAUUUUAUUAAAGCAUUCCGCGAGUAUUUGGACGAGGUUGACACGCAACCGGUACAGGCAUGCGAAGAUCCAACUUGCGACGAAAAAUCUAUGAUAUCGAUACGAGAUAUUCUAGAAGCUACAGGAGCUGUACGAGAAGAUGCAGAGCGUGCUGCCACAGUGAUACAAGCUGCGUUUCGUGGCCAUUACGAGAGAAUGGUGUUGAACGAAGCUGAAGGGAAGAUUCAGUGGCAAAGAGCAGUGGGGAAUACGCUGGACAUCCUGAGAAAAGCUGGUGCAACGCAAGAGGAAAUUUCUAAAGCCGCAAGACUCGUAAAAUUUGCCUAUCGCGGAUACUACACCAGAAGAAAUCAGAGGAUCGACGCUCGUAAGAUUGUAAUCGCACGUCACGAUCGUGAUAUCACGAGUUGUUGACUGUUGAUGUUCGCAGCGGGAACGGAAGAAGCGCCUCUGAAGAAGGAUGAACGUAUACUCGAACCCGUGGAAGCUGUUCAAGCGGUCGCUUGGAUGGAAAUGAUGUACCAAGAUUCUGGAUUAACAUUGGAAAAGGCCAACGAGGCUGCUGCAAUUAUCCAGAGAGCUUACAAAGAAUAUCGUGCGAGAAGACGAUGCUACGACGUGCAACAAUUGGUGACAACGCAGACAAUGGUCGCUGAAGCUGUCGUCGAUACGGUACAUCGCAAGAUUUUUGAAAAGAUCACCUCACGCCCAGACAUCCCCACUGAAUAUGGCACUCGCGAGGAAAUGAUGGCCACGAGCACGCAACUUCAGAUUACUUUCAAAGAACAUAUGAGGAUGAGCCGCUUAAUAAAAGAAAAUGACUUAAAACCUAGCGAAUACGAGGAGGACGAGGAAGAAUACGAAGAGCAAAAAGACGUGGAGGAAGUUGUGCCUACUGAACCUGCGCCCAAACCUAAAUAUCGCCCGGUAGAACCACGAGUUCUACCAUCGAGAACAGAAUACAGGGAAGAACCAUUGACAGAAGAAGAAGAAGAAGAAGAAGAAACGGAAGAACUGCAAGCGACAGAAACUGAAAUUACGGAGCCGUUGACUGUAAGUCCGGAUUUACAAACGGAACCCGAAACAGAGCGGUCAGAGCUCGUCGACGAAAUCGAGGAAGACGAAGUGCGUGAUACGAAAGAAGAUGUAGUAGAGGAAAAAGAAGAGGAAGAAGCGCAAUAUACCUUAAAAAAUAACCAUCCGGAGGAGCGACGGUGCGCCAACCUUGAAAUUGAACUACUGUUCGAAACUUCUUUGUCCCUUUUUGUGGGUGAAGAUAAAAAUUACAAUGAAAAUUUGUACGCAGAAAUCUUAUAG